GAACAAAUUAACACCGAUCAUUAGCUUCGGAGUACGCAAACGGGUGUGAACACGCUAUUUUAAAAAGUAAAAAUAUUUAAAAUAUUAUUUAAAAAUAUAAAUUAAAUAAAUGAUAAACUAUUUUAUCUAUAUUUAAGAACGUGUCAAACAAAUGGAUGGUGUUUUAUUUACGAUUAAACAAUAACUAUUGCCGUAAAAUUCAAAUUAAAAAAUAAAUGACAUAAAUAUAGUGUUUGAUUGUCAUAUUUUAAGUCUAAAAAUAAGUCCAUAAAUUCUAAAAAUAACUGCAAAUAAAGUGAGCAAAAUAUUAAAAAAAAAUCUACAAUCUAGUUACUCGCACGCCAUUAACACACAUACUUGUAUUUGACAAAUGGAUACUAAUUAAUUACAGUUUGUACAAAAUUUUAGUACGAUUCAAAAUCACCAGCACCGCCAACGGUACCAGUACCACUAUCCCAUCAUCCUCCAUAUACACACACGUAGUCAACACCUUUAACGUCAACAUAAAGUGCGUUACCAAUCAUUAACAAACCGUGAAUUAUCAUUAACACACAAAAUAAAAUUACAAAAAAAAAGUUAAAAAAAUAAUAUUUAAUAAAACGUUAAAAUUAACAGUAAUUUAAUAAUUUAACGCAAAAAAGUGAAAAAUACCUAAUUAACAUAAUCACAGGAGAUUCUACUAAACAAUCAAAAAUAAAUGCAACAACAAGUUGCUAAAAAAAAUAACUACCACCAUUAUUAAUAUCAAAGCAGAGCAGAAGAGUUGACAAUAACAAGUUCCGUUUCCGUUAAUUGUCGUUUUGAUAAUUUAAAGUGGCGCGUGACACAUUUGACACGCAAGUGUUAAACGUUUAUUAUAAAAAAAGUUACCAAAAUAUAAAAAAGUAAAAAACAACAAAAUUAUAAAAUGCAAAAGUCGCUUUAAAAAAUUAAAAAAAAAAAAAUAAUAUAAAAUAUUUUACAAUAUUUAAAGGUGUUUUCCCGACGCUCAUAAAAAGUGUGAAAUUUUUUGUUGUGCAAAAAAGGAAAUAUAAAAAUAUAUAUCAAUAAAAGAAGUCUAUGUUGUUGGGUGAUAAUUAUAUUUAUUACUGGCAAAUAUUAAACAAAACUAUAAUUUUAUAUAGAACAUAAAAUAAACAACAAACCAAUUGCUGUUAGCAACCUGAUAUUUGCUUCUGGUUUUUUGGAACAAAUAAAAAUCGCAGUCAUCAAUUUUAGUGAAACUCAUCAAAAACUAAAUUUAUUGAAAAUGCAAGACAUGUCAACAUCCCAUAUUUUAUCUGCUGUGGAUCCCCAUCCAAAUCAAUCAACAAAUGGCACUCAUUCCCCUCAGCAUUUACAUUCGGAACAUUUAAAUACAAACAACCAUGGCUCUAUGCAGCAACGAGGCAGUCCUAGUGCUUUGGAACGAAAUCUCCACGUUUCUUUGGAUGAUCGAGAAUUAUGGUUACGUUUUCAAAAUCUUACCAAUGAAAUGAUUGUUACAAAAAAUGGACGUCGUAUGUUUCCGGUAGUGAAAAUAAGUGCAUCAGGUUUAGACCCUGCAGCCAUGUACACAGUUCUUUUGGAAUUUGUUCAAGUAGAUUCUCACCGGUGGAAAUAUGUAAAUGGCGAAUGGGUUCCAGGCGGUAAAGCUGAAGUGCCACCUUCGAAUCCCAUCUAUGUACAUCCAGAGUCUCCAAAUUUUGGUGCUCAUUGGAUGAAGGAACCUAUAUCGUUUGCAAAAGUUAAACUGACCAACAAAACCAAUGGUAAUGGUCAAAUUAUGCUAAAUUCCUUACACAAAUAUGAGCCACGAGUGCAUUUGGUUCGAGUGGGCUCAGAACAACGCCAUGUUGUUACAUAUCCAUUUCCUGAAACGCAAUUUAUAGCAGUUACAGCAUAUCAAAACGAAGAAGUUACUUCAUUGAAGAUCAAAUAUAAUCCGUUUGCUAAAGCUUUUCUAGAUGCCAAGGAGCGUCCUGAUACUUUAUAUUCGCAUGAUGCUCACUAUGGUUGGUUAAUACCCCCUCCUUCGCAUUACACUACCGCCACAGUUAAUACUAAUCCCUCGUCUCUAUCCCUGGCCGAUUCUUCCUUGGCAGCUGGUAAUUGCGAUCGUUAUGGAAGAUCCUUGACAAGCCGAACGACAGCUUCAAAUAGAUCUACUCCUUAUAGCAGACCUCGUAUAGUUUCGGGUUCUGGAUCUAAUGGAAGUACAGGAAAUUCUUCGCCACCCCAACCUCCAUCAGCUCCGCAAACUCCCACUAGCAUGCAAUCGUCAUCGCUUUGCUCAACAGCUGCAGUAUCAGGUGGUUUUACAAGUUCCUAUUCUCAAUCAGGAUUUAUGCCUGUUGAACCCACAACUAGUGCUACGGUAUUUUCCUAUCCAGGAUCUUGGCAAACAAAUACAAACUAUUGGAGCUCUUCCACUGUGCCAGGACCGAUGCCCGUAAAUACGGCCAGAGUUUUAACUUCUCAUAAUUCGCCUUCUCCUACAAAUAACGGUUCGCCCACAUAUACGUCCCCUUCACCAGGAUAUACCAUCCAUCAUCUAACACCUCAUAGUCAUGGUCACCAAUAUAAUAUGUCUCAAUCGACCAAUCACGCGACAUCAGAUAUGUAUCAAACUGUUGCUUCAUCUUCACCUACUCAGACUUAUGCUGCACCCGCCCACCAAGUUUACCACCCCACACCAACCUCACCUUCUUCCCACCAACUCUACACGAACGUUUUAAAUCCUCCUAGUGCUCUAAGUUAUCCAGCGAGUUCUUGGCAUAACGGCUCCGCUGCCGAAUAUGGUCUCUAUCAGAAUCCUGCAGCUGCUGCGUACGCCUAUCAAACAGAAUAUAUUCCAUUGGUUUCAGAAAUAGGUUUAGUUAUCAAUGAUUUUUCUUUCCAUUACCAACAAUUCAGCACGUAUGCUCCAACACCUCUAGAACCAGUAGAAAUUACUAAAACAAUGGACUCUACAACUAAUGACUCAUUAUACCGAAAUCCGGAUGAAUCUUCAACGGUAUUGACCUUGGAGUGCAACAAUCUAAAAUCAGAUGCUACAGCGCUUGUCCACGAAAACUCCGUUAAAAUGGAAUCUUUAGUAACAAGCAAUGGCCCAUCAAUAAAUAGGGUUCCAUCAGGCGAUGCCAACACAUCUGUGGUGUCAGGUAAUAUCAGUGCUGCAGCAUCUGGAUCUGGCAAUUGGACGCCUUUAACACCCCCACAAAGUGCUUUACAAUAGGAUUUAAUGUAUUAUUUAGUUUUUCGUAAGCGGUCAAAGCCAUUAGAUGCAAACCCAAUUAAUUAUCCUUUCAAUUAUUUGGUGUGGUGAAUCUCAAUAACUUUUGACUUUAUGUGUACUUUCAAAUCUUUAAGAAUCAAAUACACACCAAUUCCUUUUUCUAAAUGUAUUACAUUGUACUUAGUAGUUUUAAUAGCUUUUAAUUUUUAGUUACUUAAGUAAAAAACAAAAUAAACUAUUGUCGUGUAUUAUAAAAUAUGGCU